CUUUGCAGUCAUUAAGUUCAUGGGGAAGAAUUCAUAAUAAUGAUGAAAGCCGCCCUGUUUCAUCAACAAGGACGUGAAUGUCAUUUGUUCUCUUGACAUGUUCAGGGUCUUAGAGUAAGGGGCGGAACAUUACAUGACAAACAAAACAGACUUGCAAACUCCCCACAGAGAGCUCAUGACAAGCAGCAGUGGUGACAUAAGUUUAAACGUUGGAAGUAAAAAACGUUGUGAUAUAUAUUUUUAUGCCGUUUUUAUGCUGAGGUUUUAUCUGCCCUACUUCAAAAUAACACGCAAGUAAUUUGUGUUUGAAGGCUGACGCACAUGACCCGGAACGUUUCUUUUUGUCUUCUGAGUCCACACGGAUUGUUUCUAAGGUUACACCAGUGAGUUACCAAGUGCCUCCCUUCUUACCUGUGCACCCUUCAGGAUGGCGCAGGCAGACAGCAAGGUGCUGGUCCUGGGAGCUUUAGCCGGAGUGGCAGGCGUCAGUUUGGCCGUGGUGUUGUACCAGGGCUUCAGAUCGAGGCGAAGAGCGUCAUGUCCGGGGCACUACCUGAACCGCACCAACGGACAGGGGACUAGCAUGAUGCUGGUGGACGGUCCAGGUCUGCCCAGGGGUCAAGCCGAGGUGCUGGAGCGCCUCGAGGCCCUGAUCCAGUGCGUGUCCGAGCUGAAGGACGAGAUGAAGUCGCUGAAGAACGCUCUGCCGAAGCUGCCCAACCAAGUCAGGGAGGAGCUGAUGGGAUGCGAGGAGGCCCAUCGAGCAAGCACCCUCCAGAGGACCACGCCCACACGGAGGAAAAGAGCUGCAGCAUCCAUCGCCGGGGCUGCAGCCGGGGGGCGGAGCUCAGAGGAAGGAGAGAGUGAGGGAGGGUGAGUACUUUUAAGGUGUUGAUUCUGUCAAAUGGUCAAAACUCACUUUCGCUUAAACAGAUUCUGUGUUAGUGUUUUGUUUCAAUGAGUCUUUCCUCUGAUCAAGUCACAAACGUGCACAGAAAAAGCAGCAAUUCCUCACUAUAGAGUUAUGAAGGAAUGAGUCCUAAAACCUGGAAAUGAGAAAGUAUUUUACUACUUUCGGUUCCCUCGUCUUGUAGUAAAGUGUUUUUUUGUA